AUGAACGGCGGCAGCAACAGCAACAGCAGCAACGCGCCCAUGGACACGGACGCGCAGGGGUCGCAACAAGCGGCUCCUGUGGCGUCAGGAUCUCAAUUCCCGACGGUCGCGCCCCCACAAGCGUCGACCAGCUACGCCCCGCCCGGCGUAGCCCAGCAACAGUACCCGGUGGCGUACCCGCAGGUGUUGCCCUCAACAGGGUACGCUUUCGGGCUGCCCCAGCAGCAGCAGCAACAGCAGAUGGCGCCGCAGAUGCCGGGCAUGCCACACAUGGGCAUGCAGUAUGGACCUCCGGCGGGGAUCCCCCUCAUGUCAUUCUCAACAAUGACAUGGGCCCCCGUGGCCGACCAGCAGACACUGGUCGCGCAUGGGAGCAACUGCCCGUUGUGCGCGGAGUUCCUCCGCCACUACGCAGCAGGGGCUUCCGAGCAGUCAUUCCGGGACGCGCAGACGCGCGUCCAGACCGAGCUACAAGGCCGGUUCUGGGCGCAUUUCGAGCGACACACUCGCUCGGAGGGGGGAAGGGACCGCGAACGCAUCGCGGAACUCGAAACCCGUCUGCAGACGUUGCAAUCGGAGUACGACUCGGAGCAGGAGCGCUUGCGUCGCUACCGAGAAGAGCGCGACGAGGUCCGUAUCAUCCGAGACAGACUGGAGCAGGAGCGCAAUGAGGCUCGCCGACAGCUCGAAGAGGAGCAACGGCGAAGGCAGGCUCAGUCGACGACAACAACGUCGUCGACAAGGCUCACCAUGCCUCCCAACCAGAGCGCGCCGCACCGUCGCCGGGAUCCGAGGGAGGAAAGCCCUCGGAGGCGUAACAUGGACCCGCUCCCCAUUGCGGGCUCGAGCAGCGCGGGCACAAUGAGCUCGGCGUCAUUCUCGACGUCGUACUCUGCGCAGCCGAGCAUGGCGGGGCCCUCAACGUCGUUCGCGGCACCGUACCCCGCUCAGCUAAGCGUAGCUGGGCCCUCCACGUCGUUCGCGACGCCAUACUCCGCCCAGCCAAACACGGCUGGGCCCUCUGGGUCAUACCAGGCCAUGGCGUCCAGGUCGCCCGUCGAGCACCCCGUAGUCGACUUCGAGAACGCCUCGAGCGACGAAGAGGUCGACGAGCACCGGAUACGGCGGCUGGCGGAACGUCGGAGGUACCGCGAAGCGCGUCGCAACACCGGCGCGCAGGCUGCGCCCGGACAAGGCGCGCCCUUCUCGAUGAGCUCCUCCACGGCUCAGUCAACAUGCGUGGUGCCAGGAUGGCCCCACCACCUCAUGGCCCUCCCUACGGAUAGCGACCCACGGCUGACGGGGCACUACUACAACUACGUGCCGUUGAGUGGCAACGAUGCUAGUCGCCUUAUCAACGACGCGCAGACCGACACGGGCGAGAUCGCGCACCGCGUCCGCGACCUCAUAGGCCAGGUCAAUCGAAGGCCUGAGCUAACGGGAGUGCGCGGCCUGCAAGUGUUGCAGUCGCAGUGGCGCCGCCCAGAAGGGCCGCGUGGAGCUUCGCCUCGGGGAGACACACCCCCGGGCUACGAACACAUGUCGACGUCGCAUCUUCCCCGGCCCACGCGCACGGGACCGGACUGGAAGGAGAUCAAGCGGCAGAAACGAGCUGCGCGCACCGAGCCCGCGUACAACCAGCCGACGCUCGACGACAGCGUCGGCGACUGGCAGAACUGGAUGUCUGCGGGCAGGGGCCGCAUUCCUGUGUGGAUGGAACGCGAGUUCGGCGGCAGGAGGCCGACCGAGUUCAGCGUGGCCUUCCACCUGCUCUCGCGGCAGCUCAUUCCGCGAGACACUCCGACCGCCGAACGCGGUCGUUGGAUCAGCAUGACCAGCUGGUUGUUCUCGGUGCCUGGACUUUACCAGCACCUGAUCAACGCUGGCCAAUACCCGGUGGCUGGUCAGUUCCGCCCGGCGCCGUAUCCCAACGACGUCGGCUUCGCGACGCUCUUUCAGAUGGCGCGCUGGUACGCCUCGCGCGGCGUCACCGUGCUGAUGGCGGACCGGUACAUGCUGCUCGCGCGGCGCAACCGCAACGAGCGUGGAGGCCGCGAG